AUGUUCUCUGAGGACCCUCAGAUUAUCACCAGGGAUGCCAUGUUGCAUGUCAUAGUGACUAAUGUUGGCGAUGAUACAGUUGGUGUUCGCAAAAAUGCGGCCAAUGCUUUGCGAGUCUACUUCCCAUACCUCAAUGACACAACUGAUAUUGAGAAUAGCGUCGAAUGUUUCAAAGAACUCUGCUUUGACUGUUCAUCCGUAGUGCGAAAACAGGCUAUAGAAGUUGUUGACUUUCUUUACAACAACUGUACACAACAUCGGUAAGC